AUUUUUUACAGGUUUUAAUUACUUUUCCCAAUUUGGCCCUACUAUAUGUCGUGGAUCCACCAUUUUAAUAACAAAAUUGGUGAUCAGAUUUUAACACCCAAAACCUAUAAGAUAUACUCUUUAUUUUAAGCUAUAGCCAUAAGCAUUAAUUUAUAUAUAUCUUCGGUAUAGUAUCAGGGUAGUGUGCACGUGGAACCGUGAUAUACCCAAAUUUCAAACCGUUUGAUAGACCCAACAGUUCACUUAUGGCAAUUGCACCCAUAAUACCCAACAAUCAUGAAGUAUGUGGUGGCAUGUAUGAGCAUAGUGAAAGAGAGAAAUUUACUCAAAAAUUUAAUCAUAGUGACGCUAUGAGUAUGAAUAUGUUGUAUAGACAGGACCACUAUGUUAGUGGUAAGGGAAAUAUGGAGUCUAUGGGCUCUAUGGAGAUGGUAGAUGUAGUGGACGAUGAAGAAGAAGAAGAAGAAGAAGAGAUGGACGCAGAUGACUACGAUGACACAGCAUCAUUAAUGGAGUCUAUGCAUAGUUUACCAUCUCUUGUGGAUACGGACAGUGAGAUGUUGAUGACAGUUAAAACAGAGGAUAUGGCUGAAUUUAAGAAAUCAUCUAUACGGAUACAUGGAGGUGAGAAAGAAGAAGAAGAAGACACUGACGAUACCGACACAGAAGAAAAUCACAAUAGCAUUAAGAAAGCAUUGGUGAAUAUAGUACUGAUUCAUACGGAUGUGUCAGAUAAAUUUAACAAUAUGGAUGAUAGUGUUGCUGUUCUCCGAAGUAAGAAUGAACAGACUUUGGCUCUUUUGGGACUGUUGACAAACAGCAACGAAGCAUUGUUAAGACGAAUAAAACUCAUGAAUAAUUACAUUGAGGAAUGUCAGAGUGCAAGUACUGUACCCACCAAGAAAACAGCAACCAAUACAUAUGAUAAGGUGCCACUCAAUGUAGUCCAGUCGGUACUAAAUGAAAAUGACUUGAGGAUCAUCAAUAGACUCUCGAUCUCUCCACCACAAGAUAGGAACUCACUGACUUCGUUUGAGAUAAGUUCGAACAGCCUGGGGUUGACGAACAAACUCAGAGGAGUGAGAUCAAGAUCAUCCACUCCUGUAAGAUCUAGGUCAGUGACUCCUUUAAGGUCAGAAAUACCUAUGAGAUCAGUAACGCCUGUGCUUCCACAUAGUGCUAGCUACCGGGGCAGAACAAAGAUUAAAUACGAGUCAACUGCAUUGAGUACUACAGCAUUGAUUGCUACAGCACUUGCCGCAGCACUGUCCACGACACAUCCUACAACACAGUCUUCUACAACACAGUCUUCUACAACACAGUCUACUCCAACACAGUCUACUCCAACACUCACUACAACACAGUCUGCUACGACACUCACUACAACACAGUCUGCUACGACACUCACUACAACACAGUCUGCUACAAUGACAACUACUGAAACACACAUGCAGUCUCAUACCACACAACUUCAUUUCGGCUAUACUAUCAGCACAUUCAUUCUAUUAUGCAUUUUAAUUUAUUUUGGGUUUUAAGUGAUAAUUCACAAGUACAGGAAGUACAAUUAUUUAAUACGAUUAUAUAGGGUUAUUAAUAUAAGUAAGUUACGAUAAAUUUCCAAACACGAUGU